GUCUGGCUGGGAGAUUGGGCCCUAGAGGAGAAGUAGGUUGGGAAGAUAACUGAGCCCACGAGGUCCAGGAGGCUGCACAACCCCCGGGUCUGGAGGUUAAGAGAGAAAUUGGGGCUGGAGACCAAGAUUUAAGGAUCAUCAAAGAUGUCUGAUUCCCUGGUAGUGUGCGAGGUGGACCCAGAGCUAAAGGAAAAGCUGAGGAAAUUUCGCUUCCGAAAAGAAACGGACAAUGCAGCCAUAAUAAUGAAAGUGGACAAAGAUCGGCAGAUGGUGGUGCUGGAGGAAGAAUUUCAGAAUAUUUCCCCAGAGGAACUGAAAAUGGAGUUGCCAGAGAGACAGCCCAGGUUCGUGGUUUACAGCUACAAGUACGUGCACGAGGAUGGCCGAGUGUCCUACCCUUUGUGUUUCAUCUUCUCCAGCCCUGUGGGCUGCAAGCCGGAACAACAGAUGAUGUAUGCAGGGAGUAAAAACAGGCUGGUGCAGACCGCAGAGCUCACAAAGGUGUUUGAAAUCCGCACCACUGAGGACCUCACCGAGACCUGGCUUCAAGAGAAGUUGUCAUUCUUUCGUUGACCCGAAUUCCUGAUGUCUGAGUCCCGAGGGAUACUGGGGACUCAGACCCCUAGGACCUGAACAUCCA